AUGGGCAUCAAAAAAUUCGCAAUUCUGAUACUGGCUGGAAACGCUCUUGCGCAGAUGUCCAGCAUGGAUAUGGGAGGCGGCGCUUACUCCACAAGUGAGAUGUCACCAGCUUCACAGCCAGCGGAUUCCUCAGUGGACACCCCCAGCUCCUAUAUGGGAAGUAGUAUGGUAACUUCGGCGUCAGCGGAAGCUACUACAUCUGCAUCGACAUCGUCCAGUGGAUAUGCCAGCGAAUCCGCCUCGAUGUCAAUGGCAUCGUCCAUCUCUAGCGUCUUCAUGACUGACGCGUCUUCCAUGGCUACCGGGACAGGAACUAUGUCGGAUAUGCCAAUGGGAACUGGCGGCAUGAUGCCGAACGCUACAAGCACCGGGCAAACUCCGCCUACUGGAGCUAGUGCUGUGAACUCGGUUUCGAUUGGGCUUUUCGUUGCAUCAAUGGCCUUCGCCGCCUUGGUGCAGAUGUAA